CGCGCUGUACAGCGGCUGGGGGGCUGACCCACAGUUCACCCACCUCUUCUCCACCUGAACGCAACUUGUGCCGUGCUCUGGUUUUCCCUCUGUUCUCAUGCACCUCCCUAAGCCCAGCCCGGCGCCCCGGCCCCGGCUCAGGUAGUUCUGCGCUUGUGGGAUUUAUAGAGACCAAAUAAACAGAAAAAGGGUUUUUUCUAAGCAGCGCCUAAACCUCGCCGGGUUUUAUUCACCUGCCCUCAGACCCUCCCCGGGAAACACUCAGCCAAGUGGUUUAAUCUUUAAAACCCUGGAGGCAGACAGACCCUCCCGGCGCCGCCCGGCGCUCUGCCCUCCGUCGGGACGGUUUAUCGGCGGUGCCAGCGGACACGCCGGGGACAGCCAAGGCCGCGCCGCCCGCGUUGCCCGCUGACCCCACGCGCCCCCGAGCCGCGGAUGGAGCCAGAAACAAAGAAGAGUAACGAAACGGCGCUGGAGCCGCGAUGGCGCGGCGGGUGCGCUCAGACGUCACCGCGCUGGGGACGAGCGGGAGGCCCGGCCGGCCCAGCCAUGGUGCUGGGGGCGCGGGGGUGUGAGGAUGGAUUACAGAGCCGGGCGGCUCCGCGCGUAACCAGAGAGCGCCCGUGAUCCGCACAGCGCCCGGGAGCGCGGGGAGGAAGAGGAGGAUCGUCCGCCCUCCUCGGGACCCCAGGGAGCCCCUCGCCGACCCCUCAGCUCCCCCAGCGCCGAGGAAUGAUGAAAAAAUACAAUUCUGCAAAAAGGGGGCCCCAGGAUGGAAACCAGCAACCUGCGCAGCCCGAGAAGGUCGGCUGGGUGCGGAAAUUCUGCGGGAAAGGCAUUUUUAGGGAAAUCUGGAAAAACCGUUACGUGGUUCUGAAGGGAGAUCAGCUUUACAUCUCGGAGAAGGAGGUAAAAGAUGAAAAAAACAUCCAGGAGAUGUUCGACCUGAGCGAUUAUGAGAAAUGUGAAGAGCUCAGGAAGUCCAAAAGCAGAAGUAAAAAGAACCACAGCAAAUUCACCCUCGCGCACUCCAGACAGCCUGGAAACACGGCACCGAAUCUGAUCUUCCUGGCUGUGAGUCCAGAAGAGAAAGAGUCCUGGAUUAAUGCCCUCAACUCUGCCAUCACACGCGCUAAGAACCGCAUCCUAGACGAGGUCACCGUGGAAGAGGACAGCUACCUGGCGCACCCCACGCGCGACAGGGCCAAGAUCCAGCACUCCCGGCGCCCGCCCACGCGGGGACAUCUGAUGGCUGUGGCAUCUACCUCAACGUCGGACGGCAUGCUGACACUCGACCUGAUCCAGGAGGAAGACGCCUCUCCCGAGGAUCACGGCACCUGCGAGGAGAGUUUCCGCGUGGAUCUGGAUAAGUCGGUGGCUCAUCUCACCGCCGGCAGGCGCCGCUCGGACUCCGAGAACGUCAAACCGUCAGAGAAGGGGCGGACGGGGAGCCUCCCGAGGCGGGAGGUGACCUCGUGGGACAGGUCCGGGCAGCGCAAUGACUCCUUUGACAAAGGGACCAUGUACACGCCACAGGUCCCCAAAAAGCUCUCGCACUCAGAAAAGAAUAAAUGUGCCUCCAUGGAAGAAAUCCUGUCUCGCCGGGACUCUUCGGCGCACCGGGCGCUGCUGAGGAGGGGGCUGGAGGCUCAGUUCGCCUCGGCGGAGCCGGAGCAGCUGUCCCGGAUACAAGAACUGGUUGCACUGAAACUGGAAAAAACUCAGGAACUGCUGACGGAGGUGAAGGGCUACGGGGAAGGCAAGAGAAAGACCAAGGACGCCGCCACCAGCACCACCACCACUUCUUCUUCUUCCUCGUCAUCCUCCAAGUCGGACUGUGAGAGGAUCCUGCAGGAGUCGGAGCGGCUGCUGGGGGAGGCGUCCUCCACGUGGAGCCAGGCCAAGAGGGUGCUGCAGGAGAUCCGCGAGCUGAGGGACCUGUACAGGCACUUGGAACUGCAGCAGUCGGACUGCAAAGGCAGACAGAGCUCACAGUCUCAGUACAGGAAGAGCAUGAUGUGAAGGCCCCACUCGUGUCCCGCUCGGAGGACGGAAGAAAGCGCCAGUUCCUAGAGAACGUCCCUGCAUGCCCGGAGCAGCAUGUGUGCAACCACGGGACAGAUGCUCCUGUAAGGCCUGGCUUUGCUGCUCGGAACGCCUGAGCUCCCUGACCGAGACUCUCGUCUUGUUCCCUCACCGUCCUCUUGGAAAUAAGUGACAACACCAAAAGUGUCCGUCCCAGCCAACGCUCGCAAGUCCCCGCUGUCCAGGAGCUGUUGUGGAGACGCUGGGAAGCCGAGGCCGAGCGCCGGUGCUGAACCCCCGGGUGGGCAGUUGGUGUUUGUGGAACAUAUGGAGCCCCCAGAAGCGGGGCAAGAGGUUUGUGACCCGUGUCCCCACAGCCAUCUGCUUUACAGACCCCCGGCCAACGGAGCUCGCAGCUCCAUGUCUUCCUUUCUGUGCAAAUAGAGGAUCAAAGCCUUGAAUUUAACAGACACCCCGCACGGGUUGUUUGGGGGGGUUGUUUUCUGGCUUUUUUUCCAUUUUCACUUCAGUAUUUUGUUUUGCGUUGAGCUGAGGGGAAAUGGCAAAAUCGGGGUGUACAGGCGGCAGCCCGAAACCAAGAGCCAAAAGUCGUUUUGGUGGGUUUGAUUCUGCUUGUCGGUUUGUGCUGCCGGGCUGUGGCGGUCAGGAUCAGGAUCAGCCCCGCCGAAAGGAAAGCUGAGCCUGGCCCCGAGCUCAAACCCCUCGAGCGCUUGGCUCCAUAGCCGGCUCAGUUUUCACGCCUUUGAGCAGCAAGCCAAGCAAGAGGAUGUCGAAGAUGUGUCAAAGGGCUCAAAGUGCACCCACGUGGUGACGGUGACGUCCCGCUGGUACCUCACAAACAAAAAAAUCCAGUUCCCUUACCUGCAUUGCGAACAAUCUGUGAAAAUACCAAACGCAACAGUUAUCCUGGCGGUGGGCGGUGUCUGUUUUCUCCGUGGAAAGGAGAGCGGCUCCUGUGUCUGCUCAGCUCCACCCCAGGCUGGCGGUGCUGACCUGGAGCUGCCAGCGCUGCGAAGAAACCACUUCUGGUUGGUUUUACUGAGUCUUCCUCCCCUUCCCCUGUUAGAACCGUUACUGCUAAGAUCUUACAUUGCCAAACGAGCUCUGGCCCCUGCAAACACCGUCUCCUCGGGCCCAGCGCUGUGCCCACCCCGAGGGGACGCCGUGGGGCGGCGUCGCCCCCGUCACCGCUGCCGCCCUCCAGGGCUACACGCGUCACCCCAACAGCAUCUGGGCUUUUUCAGUGAUGUUCUCCUUACCUUUCCCAGCAGCUGAAGGAUCUGUUUGGACGCAUCAGAGGAAAAAGCAUAAUCCCUGAAAGAGAAUAAAAAAGAGCUCAUGUGAGGCGCUCUGAUAAAACCCUUCCCGUUCAGCUCCGUGACUGAGAGAACACAGACAAGGGAAAAGGAAUCACUUAGGAAGAAAAAAACCAUGAGUUUUCAGAACAAAAAACGUGUAUUUUUCGCUUGGGAAUAUUUUUGUAUUAUAAAAAAUGUGAAUUUUUUCGUAGAAACCUCUCCAAGUCACAAUGAAACACUGUUUUACCAGCCGUCCCCGUGGAGAAGCCUGACGCUUCGUCUCCCCAGGGGCAGUUCUGACGCGGUUUUCACUCCAACCCAAACGCAGCUGGAACUGUGGAAUUCUCCCCACAGCAGCAGUAGCAGAGUCCCCAGGUCCGGUCCCCGCACAGAAGUACCUAGAAACCCAUCAGGAGCCUCUGGAUCCUGCGCAGACACGCAGGGCUGGGAGAUCUCGCUGCCUUCUCCUGCGUGGGCUGGAGUUCUGCCCUCUUUUAUUAUCAUUCUUUAAAAAUCUAAAUUGCGCAAAGUUCUCCCCUCUGUACCGCAGCACCCCGAGUCACUGAUGGAAGGGAACCAUCCUUCCAUUGCCACCAGAACCUUUGGAAAGGACUCCAGCAGAUUCUGUGUGAGAGUUUGGGGCUUCAGGAGCCUGUGUGAGUUUUAUUAUGCAAGUGGCCCAAAAGGCAAAGUCCCUUGGACACCGAAACGCUUCAGCCCAUGGGGGCAGAGGAACCGGCCCCGCCACGGGGAACACGCAGCCGCACAUCAGUUUACAAACGGACGCGAAGAGCAGGAGCCUCGAUUCCCUGCAGACCGAAGAGCUGAGUCGGGAACCCGCAGUGAUGCUGCGAGAGCUGCAGUGUGAGCUGCAAGGGCAGGGGGGCUGCUGGGCUUGCUGGCCCACAACACGAGUCAGGGACUCGGCUGUUGAGCUGUGGGGGGGAUUCAAGCUCCUUUUCGCAAAGGAGAGUUCCAGCCUGCGUUUGCUGCAGAAAAUCACUCCCGGCUUCUCCUUCAGGGACGCGCCCCAAAGCCCUUUGCUCAGACUCAGCGCUCACCUCGUGUCACACUUACAACGAGAACAUUCAUCGAAACGGCAAAUCCUAGAAGAGUUCAACGUUCCCGAUUUCUGGGAAUUCACCUCCCAUCACAUGUAGAGCAGAAACCACCCCCGUCCGGCACCUCCGCCCUUCUCUGCCCACCAAACCGGCACCAGAUUUCAAUGGGCAAAACUGUGAAAAAGCCUCAGACCCCCCAAAUAACUAAUGGUUUCCAGAGCUAUUUGUAUCUGAGCCACAAGAACAAAACCCCCGAUAUCAGAGGAUGGUCCAAAAUCCCUUUAAAUCCCCCAAACUAACCCUUAUGGGAGAAAAGAACACUCUCCUCUUUCACUUUUCUCUAGCCCAUAGUCAAAGGAAUCAAAUCAUUUGCGAAUGAAGUUGGAGGAGCUGAUUCUUGUCCAUACGAAGCAUCGUUCAUGUCUCACACUCCCUGAACCUCCUCGGUUCCCACACGUCACACCAGGGGCUCUGAAGGUGCUAUUUUCUGCUGCAGCUGCUCAAAGGAGUGUUUAUAAACACGAUAUUGAUUUGAUCGAUGCUUGAUCCACCCCUUCUUUUGCUCUUUGACUUGUAUUUCAGGUUCUCCUUUCCUCUUCUUACCGAGGGGGCUGGGGGGGGAUAACGGAAUGGGUUGUUGCUUUUGGAAAGAAAUCUGCACUGAUUUUUCUGUAAAUUGAACCUUCCACAUGUACAGAGCGCGGGGCACGGGUCCCGUCUGCUGCAGCUUUCUUUAUUUUGAUUGAUUUUAAGGCUGUGAUGAAAAGAAUUUUUUAAAUUAAAGGAAAAUGAAAAAAGAAA